AGGAGGAAGGCAGAGGAGGAGAAGAGGUACAGGCGCAUUACCCCAGAUGAAUCACAGCAAGAAAGCCAUGCUCUGAAUGAUACGUCGGCUUCUGACCGGAUGUUCUGUCUGAACAUCUGCCUUUCUGUCUGGAGUGAAACCCUUUUUGACUGCCUGUUUGCACCUUCGGUAGAAGCAGUGGACGCCUCCUGAGACAACAUGAUCGACUACGAGCGUCCCACUCCAUUAGGCUUCAGGCUGGAGGGGAGGAGUGUGUUGGUUCCUGAGCACCCGGAACACACACAUACACACUCACUGGCAGCCAUGCCUCAGAGAUACUCUCACCAGAGGAGGAAAGCUUGCACAGCGGCUGCUAGGAGGAUGGAGAGGAGAAGCAGGGACCAGAGGAAAAGCAACAACCACAACCCAACCAGCAGCUACAACCACCGCUCCAAGAAGCUGGCCAUGCUCUCCAGGUCCCUGAUCCUGUGUCACUCCAAGACUAAUGAUGACCUCCCAGAGGAGAAACAUGCAGGCGAAUUCUCAGACGGGUGCAGGACAUGGGGUUCAAGCUGGACGUCAAACAGGAUUUCUGGGGAUCACACGGGGUGCAAGGAUGCACAGAACGGACAAUGGAAGAUGACCCAACAGUCAUCCACAGAGAAGAAAGGAGUCUCAGAGGCUGAAAACCAGCAUCAAGCUGCCACACUCAGGGAAAACAAGAGGAGCUUAAGGAGGUCCUUCAGCAUCAAGGAGAGCAGCAUCUGGAGGAUGUGUGUAGCCACAGGGCCCGCUGAGGAGGUGCGUGGUCCACAAAUGGCUGAUAACAGCGUGCAGACAGACGACAAAGACACUAAUGUGGAGCCGGGGAGGAACGGAGGAGCCCUGCACAGACACUACAGCUUCCCGAGCCCAGACAAGCUGGCACCCUUUAACGGACAGUUUCUGAAAAGCAGUACUUGGAUGGGUGGGGAGAGAAUAAAGAGCAUUCACAUUAAAGCCUUUACUGAGGACACAUGUGAGGACACUCACCAGCCACACAGUCUGACUGUGAGCCCACAGCAUCCAGCUCUGGUUUCUCCUCCUGAUCCUUUAUUACCUGGAUACACAGAGGAAGAACUUAUGGCCAACAACAAUCACCUCAAGUUACCCAUCCCAGAGGUGAAUGAGGAAAGACGCUGGGAGAUGGAGAAGGCUGAGGAGAUCCCAUCAGGGCCGAUAGCCAACAACAGGACAAGGUCCAACUCAACAAGUGUUCAUCCUUAUUGGAUUGGGGAUCUGGACACCAUCAUCAUGAAGACCCCAGAGCUGUAUACCAGUCAUCCCCAUGGGAACGGAGGCUUAUAUGGAAACAGGAAGUUUCUGUCCCAGCAGCUGGAGUUUGCUCACACUGCUACACAGCCAGUGCACCGACCUUCCCGCUCUGUCAGCUCUGCCCAGCUGGUCCACUCCUGCAGCAAUUUGCAAGCCUUCAUCAUUUGUAAUAUUGUGCUGAUGAAGGGUCAUGGCAAGGGCCUGGGCUUCAGUAUAGUGGGUGGGAGGGACAGCUUGUAUGGACCAAUGGGAAUCUAUGUCAAGACCAUUUUUCCAGCGGGAGCGGCAGCAGCUGAUGGAAGACUGCAGGAAGGUGAUGAAAUCCUGGAGCUGAAUGGAGAGUCACUUCACGGUCUGACUCAUGAUGAAGCUCUGCACAAGUUCAAGCAAAUCAAAAAGGGCCUCCUGACUCUGGUGGUGAGGACCAGUCUGCGCGUUGGGGCCGUGUGUGGUCAGGCACAGGUCGCUCAGCUAUGCAGGUCACGCUCCCUCAGCUCCACCGCCGGCAUGGCCAGGAUCAGUGCUGACAUGGGAGACUACAACUACCUGAACAUGUGCAGUAACGCGGAGAACAUCCAGGGUCAGCCUGCUAAGCCCAGAGACCGCGUCAUGAUGGAGAUCGUCCUGCAGAAAGAGCUUGGUGUUGGUCUGGGUAUUGGACUGUGCUGUGUUCCAUCUGCUGAUGGGUGCCCUGGGAUCUACAUUCACACCCUCUCCCCUGGAUCUGUAGCACACAUGGACAGUAGACUCCGGUGUGGGGAUGAGAUCAUGGAGAUCAAUGACACUGUGGUUUACAACAUGGCACUGAAUGACGUCUACACAGUGCUGAGCCAGUGCACACCCGGUCCAGUCCACAUCAUCAUCAGUCGACACCCCGACCCCAAAGUGUCCGAGCAGCAGCUGAAUGAUGCUAUCGCCGAGGCAGUGAAAAACACCAAGCUGAGAAAGGAGAAGAGUCAAUGGAGCAUUGAUGGACUGCGUAGACUAGACGCAUGCUCUCACAGCCGGCAGAGAUGUGAACGUUGCCUGGAGAGGAGUUUCAGUCAGAUGACAGUUCGUCAAGCACAGAAGAGCAUGACGCGCUCCUGUAGCGACAACACCAGCAGCCACCAUCACAACCGCUACCUAACAAUCCACAGCCAUCACAAUGCACACCAUAACCCCUCAGUCCGUGUCCACAGCCUUGACACGCCCAAGUGUAUGGGAGAGCCGUGGUCUGACAACAGACUGUCAGUGCCUGUGUAUCCUGAUGAAGACUAUAAUGUCCCAUACAACUCUCCUGCUGCUAACUUGUCCAGUCAGCAGGCCCUGAAUCAGGCCCACAGGGGCAACAAGUCCACAUGCAGACUGCGUGCUGGUCUUCGUCGGCAGUGCUGGCCUCAGGAUGUGAACAGUGAGGAGGGUUAUAAUGGUGACUCCAGCGGCUCCAGCAGAGGAUCUCCGGUUAGAGAAGGACUGGAGGCCUCACCACAAACCAGCUGCCAGGAAGGAGUGCGAACAAGAGAACAGGCAGAAAGGAGCCAAGAAGAUUCCUCUCAAACCGCUGCCGUGUGCACCAGCAACCGAAUACACACAGGCGAUUCAUCAGCUCUGCUCUGCUCACAGCCAAAGAAAGGAGCUCUGAGGAGACAGGCUUGUAUCGAACAACAUCCCCAAGAACAACUUCAGGAUCCUUGGGUUCGCCUUUCGAACAGCUCUCCCGAAAAGCAGCCCGAGAUCCACCCCCAUCACCACCAACACGCUACAGACAGCGCAGAGCCUGUCAACAUCCACAGCAUCUCUGCUACCAUGAGUGACGAAAAUAACACCCAUGAGCUGAAUGGGGCAGCCAGUGAAUUGACUUCUGAUCCUCCAUCCAGCUCAGCUCCUGAAAACACUCCUGAAUCUCUUUCAGAAUCAAAGACGGGGCCCCCAGUGGCACCCAAACCUACCUGGUUUCGCCAGAGUCUGAGAAAAAUCCGGGAUGAGCAGGACCACAAGAAGCAAGCUAAAGCUUCAGAGCCGAGGUCUGCUGUGGGCUCCAGCAGAAGCUUUGGAGUCAGACCUGCUUCAUCUUCAUCCAACCAGUCAAUCAGACAAAAAAUUAGCUCGUUUGAGACAUUUUCCAGUCCAGAUGGUCCAGAGAAGGGGGUCAACAGGAGACCGGUGGCCCCUUCCACAUCCCUUCCUCUGUUGGAGAAGGAGUGUAAAAGUUCCUCCCCUGCCUCACAUAGAGAUCAUGAGAAGAGCAAAAAUGAAUUCCACAAAGAGAUAGAAUCAGAGCCACCUGCAUCUAAAAGGGAAGCAAACAUUCCAUCUGCUAUCACCUCAGACACCUCAGACGAAGCUUCAACCAUCAAGACUCCUGUAGAUGAACCUCCCUUCAUCCAGUCCCCCUCUGAUCUCCUACCUGCAGACACCAGCAGCACUGAUCUGAACUCAGGGUUCAAUGAGUCUCAUUCAGCAGCCCAUGAUGAUGAUGAUGAGACCGUCUUACCAUCCAAGCAGGAGUCUGAGCAUGAAAAAGAAGAUCUCAUUGGGUCCACAGAGUCUACGGUCCUUUCCCCUGCAACAUCCAUGAGGUGCGGUCAAGCAGAAGAGGAAAAUACUUCAGACCAAAAAGACGAGGAUGGAGAAGAUGGCCACGAAAAGCUGCCGAGGACGACCCUCAGUGCUGCUCCACCCACAGAGACUGACCCCAUGACAAGCCCAGAGGGGGAAGGUUUAGGGAAGAUCAUUGCCUUCAGUAACCAGGUUUCACAAGCUCUGAUGCGAUCUCUGCCCACCUCCUGCCAUGAUAACCCUCACUUUGAAGAAGAUUCUAGUAACCCCAAUGCAAGCUUGGACAGCACUGAAAAAGGAUUUUCUGUGAGUUUGGCCACACUCAGAGACUGUACCAUUGAGCGAGGAGAGGGGGGAUCUCACGACGAGGCAGCAUUCACUUCUGCUUCGGCUCACUCUGUCAUCUCAGCCAUCCCUUCACAGGAAAUACAAGAGAUGAUCCAGGAAGUCAAAGAUCUAGACGAAGAGACACUUAAGCAACUGGUGGACAUCCAUGUUGUGAUUCUGCAUAAAGAGGAGGGGGCUGGGCUAGGAUUCACCAUCGCUGGAGGGUGUGACCUGGAGAGCAAGGCUGUUACAGUCCACAAAGUGUUUCCUAGUGGCUUGGCAGCUCAGGAGGGGACCAUUCAGAAGGGGGAUGAGGUGUUGUCUAUAAACGGACAAACCCUGCGAGGCGUCACUCACAUUGAAGCCACUGCUGCUCUGCGUCAGCUUCGCAGCCUCAAACUGGCUGUGGUAGUCAUCUGCAAGAGAGCCGGGGAGGAGGCAAGCGAGGCAGGAGGCUGUGGGAGCGAGGAGCCCAACCCUGCAGUGGAGGAGCAGGGAGCUCCACUGAGUGUUCAGCUAGAGAAAGGUGCUGGAGGGGUCGGCUUUACUCUGGAGGGAGGGAAAGGAUCGAUCCAUGGAGACAAACCUUUAGUCAUCAACAGGCUCUUCGCAGGUGGAGCAGCAGAGCAGAGUGGUCUACAGAGUGGAGAUGAAGUGCUGCAGGUCCAGGGAGUCAGUGUACAGGACAUGACUCGAUUUGAGGCAUGGAACAUGAUCAAGGCCUUACCUGAAGGACCGGUUACAGUGGUCAUCAGGAGGAGGCAGGGGGGUGUGGAGUAAUAGACGUAGCUGCUUGAAGCUGCCUAAGAACAAAAAGGCCUAAAAAAAAACAAAAAAAAAAAAAAAAAAAAACAUGGCAACAGACAAAGCAACUCCAUAGUGCUUAAGGCACACAAAUGUUUGACUAAAUCAGGUAUCAGCCAAUCACUGUGGUCCACCUUCAACAUUGUGAUUCAGAGAACACCUUUUUAAUAUAUUUAUAUCCCAUUUAUGACCAGAUGUAAAUGUUUAUUAAAUGGUCAGUUCACCAAAAUCCCUCACAGGACCUUUGCCUUACUGGCAUCAAGUUUAUAUGUAGCUUUGUAUCUAGGGAUGAUACUAGAAAUAGUGAAAUGUGACCUGUGUUAUUGACAUUGUAUUCAAAACUGAAUCAAUCAUGCUGUCAAAGGAAUGAACAAAUAUCCACCAAUCAGCCACAACAUUAAAACCACAGUGAGUAACACUGACCAUCUAGUGACAAUUCAAUGUUGUGCUGGGAAACAAGGGAGACCUACACAAUAUUAGAAAAGUGGUCAUGAUGUUAUGCCUGACUGGUGUAUAAUUGCUGUCUUUAAAUUACUAAACUUUUGCUUUCAAAUUCAAGGAUUAAACACAACACACUGGUGCUGAACAAGAAAAGGGGCUAUAAUCCAUGAACACACAUGUUUGAAAUCCAGGUAGCUCAUUUAAACCAUUCUGUUAUCAGCCACAAAACUACAAGUGCUACGAGCUAGCAGUGAUUAGAUUUGGGUAUAGGAAAUUACUGGCAAAAUCUGGUACAUGAGACACGAGUAUUUAAGCUUUGCAAGUUAAUUAUAGAUCAUUCUAGGUGUGCCCGGUGUGAUCCCAUUUCAAGUUUCCUAGUCUGGUUUUGUUUGCAGUUUGACAACUGCCAUGUUCAUUUACAUUGCGAUACUCAAUGAUGCGUUUGAUGUUUCUUUUGUGUUUUUCUUCUUCAACAACUCCACAGCACACGUGACACACAUCGAUAUCUACUGAAUAUUUGAAAAUACUUUGAAACCCUUUUCAAAUGAUGUUGACAGCAUACAGUAUGGCUCCAUUAGUGGUUCAAUGGUAAGACUAUGCAACCAUUUCUUUCUCCAUGACACCCUCACAAAACACAGAAGACCAUUGACACAUCUGCAGUAUCACUGGAAAGCUGUUGCUUCAUUAUCUCAGGAAUGAUACGAUGAGUAAAAGUGUCUUACAUGAAAGUUAUAGUGCCUUGGAGCAUACUCAAGUAUCAUUUCAUGUGGCAGUGGUGAUGUGGAAUGAGCAGUCUUAAUCCCUCUAGCCAUGACAGAACGAAGCCACCAGUCAGAACAUGUAAGCAGCUCCAUACAUCAUGAAUGACUGAUUGUAGCUAAUGCGAGGCAGGUGAUGUGACAUAUUUUCUCCCCCCUUUGCUUCACAAAUCAGUUGAAACGGGCAGCAGUAAAAAGCCAUAAGAAAACAGCCCCGCAACAAAUCUGUGCUGCUGUUAACUGAAAUGUUCAAUCAGUGUUAUUUUUAAUGUUCAUGUACUGUAUGUCUACUAUGUAAUGGUAUGAAAAACAAAAAUAUGCAGUAACAUAUGAUAGGAGAGUAUUAUAUAUAAAUAUAUACAUAUAUAUCAGAGUAAAAGUCUAUUUUUCUCAGCAGUGGUACUGUAUGUAUUUAGAAGCAAAUGAUGAAUCACUGUUAGGCACUUUUGUUGACGUCCUCAUUAAUUUAUCCAUCAAACCUCAACUGCAGUGUGUCUGAAUCUUGAGUGCUCAAUGGGGCCUUUAAGCAUGGAGCAAGAAAAUUUGGUAGACUACUGCUCACCCAGUCUCUCCUGUGCCUCAAUAAAUGUAUUUGCAUGUUGAAUAUUCACACAAGCACACGAAAAAACAGCUGUCAAAGGGGUUCACACAAUGCAAGAAAAUUUUAAUAUUCUGUGCAUUGCCAUCGUUUUCCUUUAAAAUAAAACUUGUGUGCAUCCAUUUUUUUAUUGGACUCAAAAUGUCCCACUGCGUACUCGGUUACGACACACAUAAAAUGUUCCAGAAUGCCUUGCAACCCACAAAUGCAGAAACAUAAAUUUACCAAACAUGUUUAUAGAGUCGGUUACAUCUGCUGUAAGAUCUUAAUAAAAUGCUCAGAGCAGAGUAAACCUG